CGCCAUUGGCCCACUGUUUGCUUCCCGGCCCUUGUAUUGCUAACGUUGCCUAGGUACUAGUCAUUACAUACUCGUCAGCCUGUCUACGUGACCUUUCUUGCCCUCAUCUCUGUAAACCCGCCGCCCUGUACAACGAUCAUUCAAUACCCGCUAAAAGCCCCCCCUUUGAACCGUUCCUCAAAGUGUUUGCUGCAUUCCCGAUCACGCUGUCGUUCGCUUCCAGGUAUAUUCGGAGCCAAUUAUCACCUUUCUCACGGCUAUGACGCAAUCUAGGCCUUGAUAAAUACUACCUAUCACAUUAAAAGAAUAUUCGUGCUUCGUCAAUUUGGCUGUUCAAUCCCCUCGACUUGAAUGAAGUACACGGGAAGCGCGGAGUCUUGUCAUAUCCACAGUAUCGCGUCACUCGGCCGUAUUUACCUAACCGAAAUACCACCAUGGUUGCACGAAAGCCGCUUCCCACUGAUAACUCAGAAGACACCUCUCCCUCUGCACCCCCGGUCAAUUUACAAGGCGUGAGAGAGGAGCUAUGGCCUGCUAGCGAUUCAGAACUAGAAUUUGAAAAGGUACACGAGAGGGAUGAGAUGAAUCAGCCAUACCGUGGUCCUAUAAGCGCUCCGGGGAGCGAAAAUGCAUCUCGGGUUGUGUCAGAAGUAUCUCGAUCUAACCCCACCUCCAACCCCCCGAGCCACCAUCAGGAAGAAGAAAACCUCCUAGGAGACUGCAGAAGAACGGAUAAUGCAGCUACCGCAGAUGACCUCCAAUUGAGUGAGGAGAAUAUGCCAAGAUUAGUUGAGCCCUUACGCUCCCGCUCCGAGACGAAUCCAUUCAAAAGAAAACCUGUACCUGUAGAUUUUAGUCAGGAUAAUCAGAAUACGGACGCUUUAUCCGUACCACCCACGAACGCGCCCCCACCGUCCAUACCGACCGAUUCUCUCUCCAACCUACACAUCUCCGAACCAGGAACAAGCACAAACCCUUGGCAGCCGGCACUCAACGAGAUCUCCAAUGGUCCACACCCAGCUUUACCCUUGUCCGAUCAUGAGCCUAAAAGCAAUGUGUGGGACUCAGGAGUGCUAUCGAGGGACCCUACUUCAAAUCCAGCCUUAGAUUCUCCAACUAGGUUACCUUUGAACACCGAACAACUUCAGCCUUGGGUCCAUACAUCUCCUCCAAAAUCUUCUCCCUCAUCUUUACCGAGAGCCUCCGAUGAGACCGAACGUAUGUGUGUCAAUCAGCAUGCGCGAAGCGCUAUCGAAUCAAGAAACAUGGGGGAAAAGCCAGAUGUACACGCUUCGCAGAUUCAAUCGCAGACAGUUGAUGACUGGAACCUAAUCGAUCACGAACCUAUGCAGGAAACUGUAUCUACAAACUUGUCGAAGACAAGCACGCGGGAAAAUCUCACGGAUGGAAGCGACGGUAAAUUCAAGAAGGCCAGCGCAUCAGCUUCAGCCACAGUGGAAGUGCCGCCAUCGCUCCCACCUCGGCGAGUAACAAAGGAAGAUCUGGUGGCACAAUCGUCAAGACCCCUUUCGUCAAGCGUCACGAGUAAAUCAGAAACAUAUCAGAUCAAGAACAUUCAUUGGCUCGACAUGGCGGCAUCCGGGAACCCACGCAAAUCACCCAUACUAGUACAAAAUGCCAAUGGGCCUUGCCCCCUUGUUGCCCUUGUCAAUGCGCUCACAUUGACAACGCCUGCUAACCAGGCGAACUCCAAUUUAGUCGAGACCUUGAGGUCUCGUGAGCAGAUCAGCUUGAAUUUUCUCCUCGAAGCUGUUUUUGAUGAGCUGAUGACUCAUCGUCAUACGAACCCGGAGGUUUCUUUGCCAGAUAUGACUGAACUGUACUCAUUUCUCAAGAGUCUUCAUACUGGCAUGAAUGUCAACCCACGAUUUGUGCCUGACAGCCAAGACCCCCUGACUUCCUCCCCUAGUUACAGCCCUGGAACCUUUGAGACCACCCGAGAUAUGAUGCUAUAUGCCACCUUUUCUAUUCCUCUGAUUCAUGGCUGGCUGCCUCCCAAAGAAGACCCCGCGUAUGAUUCCUUCACCCGACAGGCAUCCUCCUAUGAUGAUGUGCAGAGUAUAUUAUUUCGAGAAGAAGAGCUUGAGUAUAAAUUAAGCAAUUCUGAUACUGGUCUUACUGAACAAGAACAACAACUUUACCAAGAUAUCAUCAUCAUAAAAUCCUUUCUCGAAAUAUCUGCCACGCAACUGACGCCUUGGGGUCUCGAAGUCAUUGCUCAUGCGAUCCCCCCUGGAAGAGUGGCCAUACUGUUUCGCAACGAUCACUUUUCCACCUUGUACAGGCACCCCCAAACUAAGAAGCUUUUCACCUUAGUUACAGACGCUGGCUAUUAUACGCAUGAUGAAAUUGUCUGGGAAUCACUCGUCGAUGUUAGAGGCGAGUGUACUGAGUUCUUCUCCGGGGAUUUUCGCAUAGUUAGUGGUCCCCAACAACAGCGGCCAUCCGGGGCCAAUACAGGUGCAUGGUAUGCAGGCGAGGGAUCGAACAGAAAUGCUAGUAGUAGUGCUAGUGCUCAUGACACCGAGUGGCAAGUUGUCCAACCUCGGCAUUCUCAAAAUCCUGGGAAAAGCGAACCGGAUCCAAGCACAUCACUCUCGCCGAAGCACGAACAGGAGGACAGGGAUUUAGCAUUAGCCUUGCAACUCCAAGAGGAAGAAGAGGAGCGACAUCGUUCUGAGCAAGCCGCUCGUCGUCGCGAAAGCCAGCUAUCGGAGCAAUUCAUAGAACAGCAAGGACGGCAAGGUACUCCCAUCCGCGGAAACCAAGGUCGCGGCAGCGCCCCGAUACCACCUGUUAGGGGAAGUUCGGCAAACCAUUCUACCAGCACAGUUGCUAGUGCAAGUAGGCCAGUUCAACAGGUCAGAUCAUUGAUCCCUCCGGUCUCUGCUACACAUAGGCCGGGAGAUAAUAAUGUAGACGAUGCACCUCCUAGUUACGAGCAAGCCUCCAAAACGACACCAUACGUACCUCCUGCAGGUCACCCGAGUCAUCCUGAGAGCAGUCCACGGAACGCAACGUCUCACCAGCGGUCUGCAACAACGGGGCAAAGCAAUGUCAGCUCUAGCAUGUCCGGAAGGGGACGUCCUGGGGGUCCUCCUCUUCCCGCAAGUGGCGCCUCGGCACAGGCUGGUGGCGGAAGGGAGAAAGAUUGCAUCGUGAUGUGAGAUGCGUCGCACAAAUAUAAGUUACGUUAGAUGCGUUGUACAUUAGCAACAGGAGUAACAAAUGGGAGAGGCGGGGCGUAUGUUAGGAUAUCAACAGCGAAAAUGGGCGUUAUUGGAUGUUGAUGACCGUUAUUUCAUAUCAUUAGGCA